ACAUUCACUUUCCGUUUGAUAGCCCAUUGUGAUUGAUUUCAAUUUAUUUCCACAAAUGAAUAUAUAUAAUACAGUGUCACGUAUGAGGUGUGCUAGUUUUACGUAUACUAUACGUCUUGUAUUAUUCUAAGAAGCAAUUAACUACUUGUUAAAAAGGGAAAAAUAUAUAUUCUACAAAUAGUUGAAAUACAGUAUAGAGCUAAUAGUUUUUCUCUUCUUGAUUAAAGUAGAAUGCAAAGUCCUUUCAGGCUAAAAGAUUUCGGAACAAAUUCAAUUUAUUUUAUUCCCUUACUCGACACAAGUUGAUAAUAUAAAUUGACUAGUCGUUACCCCGUGGAAAAAUCUAUGGGUUCGCCCGUCCUUUAUAUUUACCUGUCGCAGCAAGGUGGAUAAAAAUAUAUCGCAUUUGAUAUUCGUGUUUCCGCAACAUCAUUUUCUAACUCAGCGGGGGUCCGCGCAGAGACAGACAGACAGACGACGGCUAUUAUUAUAGAGACUAGUCGUUGCCCGUGGAAAAAUCCACGGGUUCGCCCGUCCUUUAUAUUUACCCGUCGCAACAAAGUGGAUAAAAAUAUAUCGCAUUUGAUAUUCGUGUUUCCGUAACAUCAUUUUCUAACUCAGCAGGAGUCCGCGCAGAGACAGACAGACGACGGCUAUUAUUAUAGAGAUAGUCGUUAGCCCGUGGAAAAAUCCACGGGGUCGCCCGUCCUUUAAAUUAAGUUGUUGCAACAAAGUGGACAGAAAUAUAUCGCAUUUGGUAUUGAUGCGCAUUUUAAAUAUUUUGUGUUUCCGUUACGGGACACGGCUUUCGCGGACACACAGACAGCACGCUAGUUCUAGCGGUAAGCGGAUAGCGAAUUUAAUUAUGCGCAUGCGCGAAAAAUUGUUUUUUAAAUAUAGCGCCUCAGAGGCGAAAGCCCGAUUCUUGGUCAGAUUGCCUAUCCCAAAAUUGAUGCUUUUUACGGCGAUUUAACCAACAAACUAAGGAAAUGUACUGUUUUAAUUGAAGGAAGUGAGGCCAGGUUACGUAACUAAGCGAAAAAAACAUCUUACUUGCUUUUGUUUUGAAGUUACGCGGUAAAAAAACAAAACGAAAGUAAACACAAAAAAUGACCUAGCUACAUCAUUAAAUAUCUCGACAACCAAAGUUUUUUUACCAAAGAGGUUUUUACAGCAUUUAGUUCAGACCUUAAGCUCUUAAAAAAACUAUGUUUGGAAUGCAUUUCACUUUUUUCCUAAAAAUUUAAAGACUUGAAACAGACCCUACUUUUUUAAAAAAAUAUGGCCGCCACAAACCAUGAAAACAUGUUGGCAAAACUUUGUAGAGUUUGUGGAGAAUUUUUAACUAAAAGUAAAGGUAUUGCAAAACAGAAAAUGACAUUGGAGAAAGAAUUAGAACUACUUUUUGUUCAUAUCCAGGAGGAUGUGGACAACAUUCAUCCCAAAUAUGUUUGCUUUCGGUGUUACAACACACUUAAAAAUAUUGAAAAUAGGAAUACAACAACACAGUUGAAACCUAAAAAUUGGUCUCCCCAUACAGAAGUUUGCUCUGUAUGUGAAAAUGUUCAAGGUAUGAAAAAAGGAGGCAGGCCAUCAAAAAAGAAGAAAACAGGACGACCAAGUACUUUUAAGCCGAUAUGGUCAAGAAAAGCCUUAGAGGAAAUUAGUGACAAAAAUUUAAAUGACAUUAUUCCACCCGUUGUCAGUCACCAUGGCUUAGAAAAAAAUCCACAUUACAAGUUUUGUUUGUGCAUGCUUUGUGGAAAUCUUCUGAGACAACCUUUAAUGGUUAUCACAUGUGAACAUGCAUUUUGUAAAGAAUGCAUCCUUAUAUAUCUUGAAGGAAGUUUUCAAGAUGAAAGUGAAUGCCCUAAGUGCAAACGCGAUGACAUCAUCACUCUUGUCAACCAAUCAAAUUUAAAACCAAGUUUGCACCGAAACCACAUGGUAAAUAGUUUACAAGUUGACUGUGAUAACAAAUGUGGAGAGAAAUUUACAUUGGAUAAAUUACAUGAGCUUAAAUUACACAAUAUAUCGUGCAACACAUCCACAAGUUCAAAUACAAGUGCAAAUUAUUCAAUAAGAGAUGUAUUUUUAUUGGACGAGUCAUCUCCUGUUCCAAGAGAAAUAGAGGAUGCCACCUUGCAUGUUUUAAAACAUAAAAUGAAACAAUCAACUGAUAUAAAUAACAGCAUAGAAUUUAAAAGUGGAGGACCUAGGCCCUACAUGUUUACCUCAACACCGAAACCGGUUAAAAAUAGUAAUGAAGUCUGCAAGCGGCCCAUAGAAAAAAGGAACAAGUUUUUAAAAAACCAAUUACUUUUUUCUUCUGGUGGAAAUGAAAGUGGGUUCAGCGUACAAACUGGCAAAUUAGUCAAGAGUCUGAAGGAAAAUGAGAGAGUAGAAAUACUCAAGAGAGCCAAUAUAACAACAAAGAGUAUAACUCCAGAGGAAUUUGUAGCAAUGAAGGCAGACUUGAGUAUUCCCUGGUCAAAAUUAAAAACAAUGUCAAGGUAUGGCUGAAAA